AUCACAUACCAACCCACCUACCAGCAUCACGAUUCCACAGCGUACACACAUCUCCGUACACCCGACUGUAGGUUCUUCAUCAGGAAUCUAAGAGAACUCAGAGACCAGGUGUGAGGAGGUGAAGAAGAAGGUGGAGGAUCUGCAGGAUGGGAUCUAAAGGAGCUUUGAUGUUCAUGACGCUGUUGGUCUGUGCGGGAGCAGCAGUGCAGGGUUCGGCUAUGACCGAGGUGAACGGGCCGGCGGGAGGCCCCCUGGUGGUGGAACCUCAGAUCGCCAUGUUCUGCGGUCGCCAGCUUCUGCACCUGAACACCGGCACGGCUCAGUGGGAACCGGAUCCGCAAGGUCGUCAGGGAUGUUUCACCCAACCCAGCAAGAUUCUGUCCUACUGCCAAGAGAUGUACCCAGGCUUGCAGAUCUCUCAUGUGGAAGAGGCGUCCACCCCGGUGACCAUCACGACCUGGUGUAAGAAGGGCUGGGGUCACUGCCAGAUUCGACCUUUCAUCGUCGUCCCGUAUCGCUGUCUGGGUGGUGAGUACGUUAGCGAGGCUCUGCUGGUUCCUGACCGUUGUCGUUUCCUGCACCAGGAGAAGAUGGAUUCCUGCGAGAGCUACGUGUACUGGCACAACAUCGCCAAAGAGGCGUGCACAGUAGACGGUUUGGAGCUUCACAGUUACGGGAUGCUGCUCCCAUGUGGUGACCGUUUCCGGGGGGUCGAGUACGUCUGCUGUCCAGGAAGGGUCGGGGCGAGCGGACGUGGUGAAGCUGAGGGUGGGGACAGUACCCAGGGUGCAACUCCGCCACUAGUGUCACUAGCUGGUGACAAAGAGGCCACCAGUGUGAAGGUAACACCACCCACGUCCAGCCCUCCUCCCGAAACCGACGUAGAGGAGGACGACUUGGACGAGGAGGAAGAGGAGGCCGUGGAGGAGGAGGACGUCGAAGACGACGAAGACGACGAGGACGACGAAGAUGCGGCGGCCACGACGGUGAAGGAUCCGGAGGAGUACGAGUACCCCAUCGACUCCGGACGCGAUCAGACCGCUGACUACAUGGAGAACUUUUACUAUGAGAAGAACUCGCAGGGAGGGAAGAGUCCAACACAGCAGCCUCAAGCUCGUGGAGACGUGCCCACUGCGCGCCCUACCGACGGAGUGGACGUCUAUUUCGAGAUGCCCAGUGAAGACAGCGAGCACGCCAACUUCCUCCGCGCUAAGAUGGAUCUGGAGGAGCGGCGGAUGAAGCGCAUCAAUGAGAUCAUGAAGGAGUGGGCCGAGGCCGAUAACCAGUCCAAGAACCUGCCAAAGUCCGACCGCCAAGCACUGAAUGAGCAUUUCCAGGCCGUGUUACAGACCCUGGAGGAGCAGGUAGCGGGUGAAAGGCAGCGCUUGGUGGAGACUCAUCUUGCCCGUGUUGUAGCGACUCUGAACAAUAACCGCCGUCUAGCGCUGGAGAGUUACCUGAGCGCCGUGCAGAGCGACCCACCUCAGCCGGAUAAGGUGCUGCAGGCCCUGAAGCGUUACCUGGCGGCGGAGCAGAAGGACCGACGCCACACACUGCGCCACUACCAGCACAUCGAGUCUGUCGAUCCACAGAAAGCCGAGCAGAUGAAGUUCCAGGUGUACACUCACCUCCACGUGAUCGAGGAGAGGAUGAACCAGAGUCUGGCUCUGAUGUAUAAAGUUCCCACGCUGGCCGAGGAGCUUCACGACGAAAUCCAGGAGCUGGUGAGGACGGAGAGGGGGGACAUCAGCGAGCUCAUGACCACCUCGUUCUCGGAGACCCGCACCACCGAGGAGCUGCUGCCGGCCGAGAGCGAGGAGGAGAAGGAGGACGAAGAGGAGGAGGAGAGAGCUUUCCAGAAUCGUCCCUACCCACCCAGAAUAGAUCCGCCGGCGAGCAGCAAGAAAGCGGCGGCGGUAGACGAGUACGAUUACAGCACGUCUGAGCGAGCGCCCACCUACGAGUACGAGGAGAAGUUUAACACGUCAGUGGAGCUGAAGCAGGUGGUCUACAAGUCUCCAGGAAUUCAGCGCGAUGAACUGCAGCGGGACGUUUUCGAGACGUUUAACCACGGCGCGAUGGUGGGGCUGCUGGUGGUGGCCGUGGCCAUCGCUAUGGUGAUGGUGAUCAGUCUGCUGCUGGUGCGCCGUAAGCCGUACGGCACCAUCAGCCACGGCAUCGUGGAGGUUGACCCCAUGCUGACCCCCGAGGAGCGACAGCUCAACAAGAUGCAGAACCACGGCUACGAGAACCCCACCUACAAAUUCUUCGAGCAGAUGAACUAAAGGACGGCGGCCGCACCCCGUCGGCUCACUUCCUGUUUAACAGCAGGGGGUUUCCAUCGCAACACCCCCCUCACUUCCUCCCCGACACUGUAUACAUGUACGUCACCGUGAGAACCCCAAUCAGAAUCGAACGCGUCACGGGUUCACGCUCAAAAUGUUCAUAAAUACCGAGCGGGGCGGGCGCGGGAGUCAAAAUAUACAUACCAAUCAUAUAAAUACACACAUUAUGCCUCCAGUAAAAAUGAUAAAAAGUGAUUUUUGUUAAGGAGGAUGAUGAAACCAUGGCAAAUCAGGCAGAGCGCCGAGGGAAAAUAGUUCGUUGUUGCCAUGGUUUCAGUAUCAGCUUAUGGAGGGGGAAUCCGAAAAUCAUUCAGCGUUUUUAUCACCGAAUCCGUUUCAGUUGUCGAUUCAUGUUGCGCUGUGAUGUAGGUGGCGUCAUUUAUAUUUCAGCAUGUAAAUAUCAGAGAAACAAACCCAAAUCCAUGCAACCCAAAACAGGAAACCCACCUGCUGACGUAUAAACUAUCCGUCCAAAAAAAAAAAGCAUUUUUUUAUAUAUGAAGCUCGAGUUACUUGAUGUAGACGAAAGCCAUCGUUCAUGCCACAUCUGUUAAACGUUUCACAGAGUCGAAUCAUAUACGACGAACCUAAUCGAUCCGCUUUUUAAAAAAAAAUAAUUAUUAUUAUUAUUUAUUGUACUGCUUCUUAGAGAAAAAAAGGCAGUGAUCUGAUGAGCACUACCGUAAAGUAAAGCAUGCUAAAUUUGGUGUAUUACGCUAUAAACGUACCUGUGUUGUUCCUGUUUUUAAUGCUUUUUGAUGAAAUGUCACGGUCAGAUGAAAAAAACGCCUGUAUAAAAACCGAAAACACUCAUAGAUAGACGUCUCCGUUUGAGUUCAUUUGUAUCCCGCACUGUGUGGAAUGUCGAAUUUUUAAAAAGGUGACUUUGUGCUGCUCACGUGGAAGGAGAAAAAAAAUAUAAAAAAUAAAAACACUUUCCUAACAUGGCUGAAUGAAAACGGACUGUUGUAUAAACCAGCACAAGACGACGACACCGUAUCUCGACUGAAUGUAUCGUUAGGUAGACAUCGACUUUGCUCGCCUAUUUGUGUUACCCACGUCGGCGCUUGUUGUGGAAAAUUAGCCACACUCGGCUACGAUCUCUGUUUUCAUACGGUCGCUGAGUGUGGCUAAUGGUCUGUUAUAGUUUUAGGAUCCAUUUCAUGAACGUUCGAACCUGUUUGGCGUCGUUCGUUCGACAUUAAACGAGCUUCGCGUAGCAUCGUACUGAUGCUGAUAUUCCCGUGAUAGCAGCGUAACUGAAAAGCUGAAAUUGCCACUGUUGGGCCCCUGAGCAAGGCCCUUAACCCUCAAUUGCUCAAGGAUCGUGUUCAGUCAUCAUUUUCAGUCACUUCGGAUAAAAGCGUCUGCUAAAUUCCGAAAAUGUAAAUGUAAAAGCUAACCUCAAAAUAGUUUUUAAUUACGUUUCUUAGCUAGAACUUAAGACAAAUAAACAAGCCAAUGAAAUGAUGAAGUAAUAGCUACUUCGCAAUGUUAACGCAACGUAAUGCUUACAAAUUUGGAACAAUUUGCACCAGUUUAUUUGUAUAAAAAGUAUGAAAAGCAGUUAAGAGAGGAAUUAGCACACAAAGCAUCGAUAAACUGCUUUUAAAACUAGCAUCGCAAUGACUAGCUUGCAACAUGGCUCUGUUCCUAACUGAAAAGUGCAUUACAAUGACUUUUAUUUUCAUUUUACACAAACGUGUAACAUCUUUUUAAAGAAAUAAAAACAAAUUCGGGGCUUUAAAGACAGUAAAUCGUGCAGAAUUAGCUGUUCUAGGAUUGAACCGCCAUCUAGUGUCUAAAUAAUCGACUGAUACUGAAACAUCAAAAUGAAAAACCUUAAAUUCAAUAUAGAAUAAAGAAAGAACAAUCACUAGAGUCCAAGGGAUUAGUGGUAUUUCACCCUACAUAGAAGCAUUUAAUACAUUUUUGACACUGUCUCACAUCAGAUCUCUACACAAGAGUUUAUUCUUCUUACUGUGAUUCCAAACCCAUCUCACAUUGCCCUCGGUACUUAAAAUGAUCUGUACAAUAUUUACACACACUAGUGAUAUUUGUUCGAUAUUAAAGGUUUGAAUUGGAAUUUGUACAUCUGAACGUAAGUUAUAAACAUGUUCAAUCACGUUAAAUCACAAGGUUUGAGGUUCGAGGAGGAGCGAAUGUUUGUAAUUCAUGCAUAUCCUCAAGGUUUGUUGGAAUUUACCCUGUUGAGAAACCCAAAUAAAAGCUUAUAAAAGCUAAAUUCAUUUGGAUAUUCAUAUGUACACAUCGAAAUCAACGUGGUGUCACAUUUGCAAAUGAACACAGUUAAUUAAAAUUGAAUUAAACCACGUCCUCAUGGUUAAAUCCAAGCUACAGAAUGUUUGACUUAAUAUGCUUAUAUAUUCUCAGUUGAAU